AUGCCGAAGAAGCCCACGCAAAAAGCAACGCCCACCACCACGAGGCGCACAAAGGCCAAGAAGGACCCUGCAGCCCCGAAGCGUCCGCUGAGUGCCUACAUGUUCUUCAGCCAAGACUGGCGUGAGCGCGUCAAGGCCGAGAACCCAGACGCAGGUUUCGGAGAUGUGGGUCGUUUGCUUGGAACAAAGUGGAAGGAAAUGAGCGAAGACGAAAAGAAGCCCUACAUUGAGAUGGCCAACAAGGACAAGGAGCGUGCCGAGACGGAAAAGGCCGCGUAUGCCAACAAGGCUUAA